UUGUAUCAAAAAUUAGUUUUAGUUAAGAACGAAAUCAAAAUAACCGAGGAUGAUAUAAAUAUUGUAAAUGGCAAAGGGAAUCGUGUUUACUUCAUUAAAGCACCAGGAAAUUAUUCAUUACACUUCAAAAAAAUCGCCGUACUCGAUGAUUUUGGCUAUCUCACAGGUGAAAUCGGGGUCACUCUGCAAGUUCCACUUCUUGAAGGUCCCGCAGGCAUUCGCUUCGAUUUGCCAUAUACAAUGAUCCCCGAAACCGGAUUGUUAAAUCAACAAUGUGACGAUUUCAGCGGAAUGGUUAAGAGAGAUGGGCGACAAUACUGGUCAGUUUCUAGUCGAUACUGUGAUAUAUGCGAGCUUACGGAUAAAAUCGAAAACGGUUUAAAUGAAAAUGGUCAUUUAUUUUUACCAGAGCUUGCUAGAGGUAAUGAGGAAAGAUUUGCUCCAAAGUGUGGUCGAAUAUCCGCAAAUGUUUAUGAAUUCAAGAGGACAAUAAAUUUGCCUGGUAGACAAGAAUUGGAGGCGCGUACAAGAGAUAAGGUGCAAGGACUUGAUGGUGAAAUCCGUCAGCGUUUAAAUAAAAGGCGAGGUCGUUUCCAAGUGUUCUUGAAUUUGAUCACCUCAAAUCAACCUCCAAUUAAACAAGAUGCUUGGUUUGAUGGAUCUUCCAGGUGUCGUUGUUGUGGGCGGAAGAACAACCCACAGUGUCGUGGUGUCUUAAGUUUUCUAUAUUGCAAUAAAGAAGACUGCAAAAGUGCAUGGGCACAGCAAUGCCUUCACAAUUCUGCACGAAUCGCUGCAUGUUAUACUGUGGAAUUCAACUAUCGCAUGACAACAUCCUACGCACAUGUGUUGCAGUUUCUGAAAGAAAACAAAUACCCGAAUCAGGAAAACUAUAAUCCAUCAGUAACAAGUGCACCAGUCGAAGAAAAAUUGGAAUAUGAUGAAGAAGAAGAUGAGAGUUCAUUAACGGAUCGGUGUGUCCGAAGAAUUCCGGCAAGAAAAAAUCAUUUACGACGAUAUUGCAAAAUAUUCUGGAAUAGAAAAUUAUGUUGCAAAGAAUGUGAAGGCAUUUGUUAG